UCGUAAGAAGUGUUAUUCGAGUUUGUUCAUAACUCUGUAAAGUUGAGGGGUGUUUUCCAGAUCAAAAAAGAUCCCCAAUCAUGACGGACUCGAAGUAUUUCACAACUACGAAAAAAGGCGAAAUUUUUGAAUUAAAAUCAGAAUUAAACAAUGAAAAGAAGGAAAAGAAAAAGGAAGCUGUCAAGAAGGUGAUUGCGAGCAUGACUGUGGGUAAAGACGUCUCAGCAUUAUUCCCAGACGUUGUCAAUUGUAUGCAGACAGACAAUUUGGAAUUAAAAAAAUUAGUUUACUUAUAUUUAAUGAAUUAUGCAAAAUCCCAACCAGAUAUGGCUAUUAUGGCCGUUAAUACAUUUGUUAAGGACUGUGAAGAUCCAAAUCCAUUGAUUCGUGCGUUGGCUGUUCGUACAAUGGGAUGUAUUCGUGUUGAUAAAAUUACGGAAUACUUGUGUGAACCAUUACGAAAAUGUUUAAAAGAUGAAGAUCCAUAUGUUCGUAAAACUGCUGCCGUAUGUGUUGCUAAAUUGUAUGAUAUAUCAUCAAGUUUAGUAGAGGAUCAAGGAUUCUUAGAACAAUUAAGAGAUUUGCUAAGUGAUUCAAAUCCAAUGGUCGUUGCAAAUGCUGUUGCAGCACUUAGUGAAAUUAAUGAAUCGAGUCCAUCAGGAAGUCCACUUGUUGAAAUGAAUGCUGCCACCAUAAAUAAACUACUUACUGCGUUAAAUGAAUGUACAGAAUGGGGUCAAGUAUUUAUAUUGGAUUCGUUGGCAAAUUAUAGUCCAAAAGAUGAACGUGAAGCACAAAGUAUAUGUGAACGAAUUACACCACGACUUGCGCAUGCCAAUGCUGCUGUUGUUUUGUCCGCUGUUAAAGUUUUAAUGAAACUGAUGGAAUUGCUGUCAAAUGAUUCAGAAUUUUGUUCAACUUUAAGUAAAAAAUUAGCACCGCCAUUAGUAACGUUAUUAUCAUCCGAACCAGAAGUUCAAUAUGUGGCUUUGAGAAAUAUUAAUCUGAUUGUUCAAAAACGUCCUGAUAUUCUGAAGCAUGAAAUGAAGGUAUUUUUCGUUAAGUAUAACGAUCCAAUUUACGUGAAACUUGAAAAAUUAGAUAUCAUGAUUCGCUUAGCAUCUCAAGCAAAUAUUGCUCAAGUAUUAAGCGAGUUAAAAGAAUAUGCAACUGAAGUUGAUGUAGAUUUUGUACGAAAAGCAGUACGUGCUAUUGGUCGCUGUGCUAUUAAAGUAGAACCUUCGGCUGAACGAUGUGUUUCCACAUUAUUGGACUUGAUUCAAACAAAAGUGAAUUAUGUUGUACAAGAAGCAAUUGUUGUAAUUAAAGAUAUCUUCCGGAAAUAUCCCAACAAAUACGAAAGUAUUAUUAGUACAUUGUGCGAAAAUCUAGAUACAUUGGAUGAACCAGAAGCUCGUGCAAGUAUGGUUUGGAUUAUUGGUGAAUAUGCAGAACGAAUUGACAAUGCUGAUGAACUUUUGGAUAGCUUUUUGGAAGGUUUCGCUGAUGAAAAUGCUCAAGUACAACUUCAGUUACUUACAGCUGUUGUUAAAUUGUUCCUGAAACGUCCUAGUGAUACUCAAGAAUUGGUACAACAUGUUUUAAGUUUAGCCACUCAAGAUUCUGACAAUCCAGAUUUACGUGAUCGUGGAUUUAUUUAUUGGAGAUUAUUAAGUACCGACCCUGCUGCAGCCAAAGAAGUUGUUCUUGCUGAUAAACCACUCAUAUCUGAAGAAACAGAUUUACUUGAACCAACAUUAUUAGAUGAAUUAAUUUGUCAUAUUUCGUCCUUAGCUUCAGUUUAUCAUAAACCACCAACAGCUUUUGUUGAAGGUCGUAGUGCUGGAGUACGUAAAUCACUUCCAGCGCGCUCAGGAGCAACUCCUCUUGUUGACGAAGCUGCUGUAACUACAGCUACUGUUAUUCCAAAUCAAGAAUCUCUAAUCGGUGAUCUAUUAAGCAUGGAUAUUGGGGCUCCAGCUGCACCAGUUGCCCCUGCCGCUCCAGCUCCAAGUUCUGGUUUAGAUUUAUUAGGAGGUGGUUUAGAUAUUCUUUUAGGUGGACCAGAAAUUCCAGUUGCACCUGCUCCAACAACCACUGGUCUAUUGGGGGACAUUUUUGGUAUCAGUGCAACACCAACAAUGUACGUUCCACCAAAAAUAUGUUGGCUACCAGCUGAGAAGGGUAAAGGUUUAGAAAUAACUGGAACUUUUUCAAGAAGAUCAGGAAUUUCUUCAAUGGACAUGACGUUUACAAACAAAGCAAUGCAAGCAAUGUCUGGAUUUGCUAUUCAAUUGAAUAAAAAUAGCUUUGGAUUAUGUCCAAAUUCACCAUUAAAUUUAGGUUCAUUACAGCCAGGACAAAGUUUAGAGGCAAGUUUACCUUUAAAUACAAGUGGAGCUGUUUUAAAAAUGGAACCAUUAACCACAUUACAAGUUGCUAUUAAAAACAACGUCGAUGUUUUCUACUUCGCAUGUCAAAUUCCAAUACAAAUAUUAUUCUGUGAAGAUGGCCAAUUAGAGAAACGUGUAUUUUUAACAACUUGGAAAGAUAUUCCAGCAGCGAAUGAAGUCCAAUAUACAAUCACUGAUGUGAAUUCAGUAGCAGAUAUGAUUGCGAACAAAAUGACACACAAUAAUAUAUUCACAAUUGCAAAACGUAAUGUCGAAGGACAAGAUAUGUUAUAUCAAUCGUUGAAAUUAACCAAUGGUAUUUGGGUACUAUUAGAAUUAAAAUUGACACCGGGUGCAACAACUGCUACUCUUAGUUUAAAAUCACGAUCUGCCGAGGUAGCCGCUGCCAUUUUCCAAGCUUACGAUUCAAUUGUACAUUCAUAAGUUUAUUUCAUAACGUAGAAAAUCAAUCGGAACAUAUAAUUUUAUUUUUUUAUUCCUGAAUCACGUAAAAUAUUUUAAUUAUUUUAUUGUACCUAAAAUGAUUUUGAUUUUAAAUAUUUUUCAUAAUUUUGUUGUUUUUCAUAUUAUUCAUAAAAUUUGACUUUAUAUAGUUGAACCCGAAUCUGGAACUCUAUUAAAGGGCAAAAUUUUGAUAGACAAAUCAUUAAAUGAAAACUAAAAAGUUAAUUGCCAUUUAUUUGUGGGUUAAUUGUGUAACAAAAAUUUUAACGAACUCAUCUUAUGACUUUGUUAAGUACGCUUGAGGAAUUGUUAAAGAUUCUUAUACGCCCAUCAAUUUUCCUUCGAUUUCGAUUUAAAAUCUGAAAAUAUCAAAAUAGUGGCACUUCAUAAAUAUUAUUUCGAACAUAAUAUCUUUCAGCGAAUAUUUUGAAAGAUUUAAACCCAAUUAUUCAUCAAGCAAUUAAAGCACCAGGUUCCAGGAAAAAGAAUAAUCUAGCCUAUGUAAACUAAGUAUUGUAAAUUGGACAUUGUAUGUCCGUAGGGAAAUUUGAAAAAAUAAAUUUUUCAUAAUUCCAUCUAGACCUGCAAUGCUCCCUUUAAAUUUGGCCUGUGUAUUCCGUUUUUGAUCAAUUUGAAAAAAUUCUUGUAAAAAAUAACUCUUGGUAUUCUAAAUUGAAAAUCUAGCCUAAAUUUUCUGAUUUUUUAUAUCUUACCGAAAUUAUAU